AUCUGUGCAAAUCCUUGCACCGGUUACGGUUGCAGUGGCGCCACCGUUCGCUCCGUGUUUUCUCCGCUCAGCAGAGCAGCUCGUCACAGCAACCGGCGCCGGAAUCGCGAAGCAUGGCGACCGAGAAAAUAGUUAUCCCACAGCGAAUCGAACGCGGUCCGACCGACAUUCUGAUGGCACUGUCCGGCACGGUCGGAUUCGACCCGACAGCGGCACACUACAAGUACCACGACGAUCCGUAUCUGAUUCCGCUGUCGAAUGCGAACAAGAAAACGUUCGCCCUGGCGCAGGAAGCUGGUCGCAAGGCGGCCCACUGGAUACGGCAGGAGAAUGCGAAACUGUUCCAACACCGCGAAGCCGACCCACCGGUAGAAGCGUUCGUGCCGACGAUGGUCUACAGUGAAGACAGCCAGGUAGAGACGACCGAUCUUCAGAACCUGAUCGACAGCGUUCAGGUGGCGGAUGCGAUUCUGGUGUACGGUUUGCUGAAAAAGAACGGCAUCGAGGUGGAUGAUGGACUGAAGCAGCAGCUACUGGAACUGCUGUGUUUCUACAACCACGAGGACACCCUGCCGGAAGAGGCCAUCGAGGAGCGCUGGUUCCGCCAUGGAACCGUGGGGCGUGAGCGGCAGCGUAAAACGUGGAAAGAUUUCGAACUGGCCGAGGAUCUGUUCCACGGGCUCGAGACGAAACGCCCGGAACACUACUGUGCCCUGAUUCGCGGUAUGGCGCGCUACUUUCAGAUCGAGAAAGCGUGGGGCUUGUAUCAGGAGACGAUCGAGAAGGGCAUCGAGCUGGACACGAACACGUUCAACGCCCUGCUGCACAUUGCCUCGUUCCUGAAGGAAAGCUACGACAAGCGGUGGGAACUCGUGUGCGAGGUGAUGACCGCCAUGAAGCAGCAAGGUGUCAGGCCAAACCUGGGCACACUGAACGGGAUUCUGCAGACGGUGACAACGAUCGGGGGCUACAACCAUCCCCGGACGUAUGCCCUGAAAACGUUGUCCGAGUUUAAGCGGCUCGGCAUUGAACCGUCACUGGCCAGCUGGUACUACGUUCUGAUCAUUUUCUGUCGGGAACGGGGACCCGUCAGCCACGUGCUGCACGACAUUAUGAACGAGAUCGAGGGUAAACGGUUCACGGUGCGGGACCCAAAGGAUGUGUUCUUCUUCGUCACGGCCAUGGACGUGUGCCGGAACCAUCUGAACGACAAGGAGCUGGCGAAGCGCGUCAACCAGCUGCUGCACCACGGUGACAACUACAAUCUGAUCGGUGAUUCGUACAAAGAAUCGAUCUACUAUCGCCACUACUUCACGCUGCUGGCGACCUCGGAACCACUGGAAAGUUUCCUCGAGACGUAUCACCUGCUCGUGCCGAACGUGUACAUUCCGGAACCGUCGGUGAUGGAAGACAUCCUGCGAUCGGUCGAGAUGAGUGUUGCCGUCGAGCACGUUCCGCUGCUGUGGUCGCACAUGGUUCAGUUUGAUCAUACUUGGCGCGAGAAUCUAGUCAGCCUGCUGCUCAACAUUAUGGUCACCAACCGUCCGUCGGCCACCGACCCGAAGCACGCGGACCUCGAUGAACGGUUCGCGACCAUUGCCUGGGAUGCUUGGAAGCGACAGGAAGAACGGCUAGAAUCACCCCGGCGGGCAGCGACCAACAAUGCGUCCGGCAUUUCCGGAUCGAUGCUGGGGGACGUGUUACUGCUGUGUUCGCGUGCCAACGACUACGAGAAAGCGGUAGCGACCUUUACCAAGCUCAACAAGGAACGGCACAACGUAAUCGGGGAACCGCGGGUGGAUGGAUUGCGUGAGUUCAUCGGGCUCUGCAUCACCAACCGGACACCGUCGCUGGCCAUCCAGUGUUUGCAAUAUUGCAGCGAGAAUGGGUUCCCGGAAAGUGUCGAGCUGGGACAGCAGAUUUAUAACGCUUUCACACUCGAUCAGAAUCAGAUCGAUAAAAUUAAGGGCCUUGUCGGAACUGAGGCACUAAAGCCACUGGCCGCCGCUGUUAGUGAAACGGCGAGUAAGGAAUAAACCAUUCUCCG